UUGUGUGACGUCAUCGUGGAAUGGGGGAGGGUAAUCGAACUAGCAAAGAGCAAAGGUGUUUACUUUUUCGAGAGGAUAAAUAGGUAAAUAAGAAGAUUUCUGGAUGUAACGUUACUCAUGAUGGCGAUUGUCGUUGUAUUGUCUGUAUUUGACUGAGUCGCAAAAAUAAGAUGUGGAUGUGUUCUGGAAAAAUACAGUAAAGGAAAAAACUUCCGUGUAACCGAGAAACAUGAAAGAAACGCUGAAGCUCAAGGUGUUUGCGCUCGUGUUGUGCGUAUUUCCAACAGGGUUGUUGUCUAUCCAGGUUAAUGUUCCUCAGACAGAGAGAACCACAAUGCUGUUUGCUUCUGUCACUCUGCGCUGUGACUAUUCCACCUCUGCAAACACUCAAGAUGUCCUGGUCACAUGGCGAUACAAGUCCUUCUGUUUGGAUCCAGUGCUGGAAUACUAUUCAGCUGCAUAUCAAGCAGCUCUGGGUCUGAAGCAAGACCCAGCCAAUGAUUGUCCAGACAGUCAGCGCACUGUCCGCAUAGUGGUUCAGAAAAGAGGCAUGGGUGAAGCUACCCUGGGGCCAGAGUAUCGAGAGCGCAAGAUCUCCAUACAAAACAAUGCAGACCUGGUUAUCAAUGAGGUCAUGUGGUGGGACAACGGCAUGUAUUUCUGCUCCAUCGACGCAGCAGGUGAUGUUGUAGGGGACUCAGACAAGGAAAUCAGACUUGUAGUAUAUCACUGGCUGACUGUGCUGCUCAUCAUCCUUGGGGCGUUGCUCCUGAUCAUGCUGCUUUGUAUCUGCUGCUGCCAGUGCUGUCCUCAGAACUGCUGCUGCUAUGUCCGAUGUCCCUGCUGUCCUCGUACUUGCUGCUGCCCUGAAGAAGCGAUGAUGCGCCACAAAAUGAUGCGUGACGCUCAAAAAGCAAUGGUACCAUGGCUCCAUGGCCAGCCCAUCUAUGCCCCCAUUGCCUCAAAUGCAUCUUCUCAGGGGAACCCUUUGCUUUAUUCAGGAUCUUUUUCUGAACCUUCAUCUAAACACAAACUUCAAAUGGCCCCAAUGGUUAAUUAUGCCCCUCAACCUGUCCCACCAUUCGUACCUCAGCAUGGAUACCAGGCCAAUGGCAGCAUUAAUGGAAGUGUACAUGGCAAUAACCAGGUGUUAGAUUUUCUGGAGACCCAAGUAAGAGGGAUGGAUAUGGCCGUCCCGAUGCUCCAACCUCAACAUCACUACACAGGAGUCCCGCACCAAAACCUUCAACAUCAAUAUGCAGCCCCACAACCCCAAUAUGUAACGCCACCACCUCAACCUAUACAACAAGUGUCUUUUUCAGCCAGGCCGCCCAGCAUGCUCUCAGCCCUGGACGAGAUGGGUGUCCAAGGUGUGGAGCGCAGGGUCAUCCAGCUGCCUCCCAUCGUGGGCCGGGCGAAACAAAGCUCUCGGCGGCCCAAUGAUGGUGGAAGAACCCGGCAAUCUAGUCAGUCCAGCAGUAGCUCUGUCCAUAAUGGUCAUCAUCGUGAUAAUUCCUGGAGGGAGCCGGCAUCUUCACGGAGAGGGAUCCCACGCAGCUACAGCGAGGAGUCGGACAGGGAUGAUAGGCGUGGAGGUCAAGGUUCAGCAGGACGCAGGGGAGCUUCAGAUAGGUCUAAUCCACGUGUUCGCAGUAAAGGGGAGCUGCUGGAGGAGUUGGAGCGUGCGACAAACCCUAGAGACAGGAGCUAUUCGCCUUCACCGCGCAGGGGCUCCUGGAGUUCAGACGAGGACGACAGUUAUAGAAAGGGAAAGCAAUCUCAAGGGAGAUUGACUGAGAAACCGCCAGCUUACUCUUCCAUUGACGUUUUGCCUGGUCGCAGCAGGAGGAGCGACCACUUUUCGGAUAAGAGCUCUCGCAGUGGUACGAGCGUUGUGAUCUGAGUCCUUGUUCUUCAUUUCCAGCCUGAUCCUGUCAUUACCGACUAUCUACAAAUGAAUGUCUACUGGACUACUGUUAUUGGGACUAAUGUUGCAUUUUAGAACAAGAAUUAAAGGAAGGGUAAUUUUCCUUUGAAAGCAUAAGAUUGAUCAUAGAUGGCCUGUAAUAGACCCCUGAAAGACUGUAAAUGCACUGUACAUCAUCAUCAUCUUUAAUUAAAACAAAAAACAUUUUAUGUAUUUUAAAUUGAUUUUUUUUAACUUUUCACUGUUUUCACUGUAGCUACAUUGUUUAGUUAUUAACCACAGCAAGGUUUUUUGUAUUUGAUCAGUACAGUUUACAGAGACUAGAUAGAUGGCACUUCAAUGAAGGUUGUACAUAAAUAAAAACUCUUUGGUUCAUUUAGAUUUUCUGUUUGCUUUUAGUUAGUCUUUGUCUAGAGUAGUUUUAAUAUUGGUUUAGUUGCUUUAUUUGUUGUCUUUCAUGAUGCGGUUAUCCAGAUGCAAUCCUUGGGAAGAUUUCACUUUUAUAUUUGACUAUGUGAAUAGGCUACUGUUAUUGCAUUUAAAAGAAGAGCAGUGCCAUUUUUUAACACCUUCUCAAAAGAACUAUACCUACGGUUUCCAAUAUAUAUGUAAAAAAAGAGUUAUUUGGAUUGUCUUGCUAACAAAUAAAGUUACUUUUACAAGUUUUAAACUUAA